AUGGCGUCGGGGUCUUCGGGACGGGCUAGCCAUUCGGGCUCUAAAGCGUUCGAUUUCGGGUCCGAUGAUAUCCUGUGCUCCUACGAGGAUUACGGUAAUCCCGAUGGAAGUAAUGGUAUCCACACAGAUCCUUCCAGCAUAGCUAAUUCCGCCAAGGAGUUCAAUAAAAGCAGAGUGGCAAGGUCAUCUGCUUUUACUGCAGCCAGUUAUAGUACCCCAGAAGAGUCUUCAUUUAAUGAAGGUGUCAUUCACACUGUUGAGAAUACCAUGAAGAAGUACACUGACAAUAUCAUGCGUUUCCUUGAGGGCAUUAGCUCGCGCCUAUCACAGUUGGAGUUAUAUUGUUAUAACCUUGACAAAUCAAUUGGUGAAAUGCGCUCUGAUUUAUUACGUGAUCACGGAGAGUCAGAUUCGAAGCUUAAAUCUCUGGAGAAGCAUGUUCAAGAGGUCCAUAGGUCAGUGCAGAUUCUAAGGGACAAGCAGGAACUGGCUGAUACUCAAAAGGAGCUUGCGAAGCUUCAGCUUGCGCACAAGGAAUCCCUGUCAUCAGGUCAGCAGCAAAAUGAAGCGAAAAAAGGGAAUGAGAACCCGUCACCAGAUGGACACGAUCAGCAGCAGCAGCAGCAGCAGCAGCAGCAGCAGUUGGCUCUUGCACUGCCCCACCACCAAGCAGCUCCACCUCAGCAGCAGCAGUCGUCAUCAUCAAUGCCUCCCCAGACAGUGGCGUAUUACAUGGCUCCACCACAAAUGACAGCUCCUAAUAAUAAUAAUAAUAUGACAGCCCCAUCUCAGCAGUAUCCACCACAAAAUCAAACCGAGCCUCUUCCUCAGCAGCAGCAGGUGCCACCACCACCUCCAUAUCAGCAGCAGUGGGCCUCCACUCAACAGCCUCAGCCUCAGAUGGGAGUCUACACCACCCCCUAUGUGAUCCCACCUCAUCAGCCCCCCGCUGAAAUGGGCAUCGGCAUGGGCCCCACCAACAGCAUGCCCAUGCAGAGGCCCUCAUCGGCAUAUGUGGGCCCACCACCGGCCCAAGACUAUGGCUAUGGCAGACCGACUUCCCCAAUGCCACCACCUCAGCACCUCAACAAGAUCACAUCUGUGCCUGCGUACGGACCACCGCAAUCCUUCCAUCACCUACCUCACUUCCAACACCAAAAUGCACCUAAUAUGGUUGUGCCCCACCCCCAUCCUUCUUCUAUGCACGGAGUUGGACACCAAUACAAUGAGUUGAUCGAGAAGUUGGUGGGGAUGGGUUACAGGGCUGACCAUGUUGUUUCUAUCAUUCAGAGGCUGGACGAGACUGGUCAGACCAUUGAUUUCAACUCGGUGCUUGACGUGUUGAAUUCUCACAUGAAACCUGGAGGAGGAAGUGGGGCUCCUCAGAGAGGGUGGCGCCCAUGA